AUGCUGUUGGUGGAAAAUUUGUGAACUCAUGACGAUUGGUUUAUUGGUUAAAAGAAACCAGCAGCGUUCACACUGGUAACAGCAAAUGGUGAGCAAAGCUGCUACAAGGAUCGAGCACCUGAGUCUAAAAAUGGAAACACAAGGUGAGGACGGCAGACACCACACAGGGAAAAAGAGAAACCAAAAGAAAAUGAGAGAUGUGAAGAAAAAAUACAGUAAAGAAAGAAAACAUUUAAAGAGAAGUAUAAGAGUGUGUAUAAUUACAGAAAACAAAGAAUAAGCUAAGCGCUACUGAGUAAAGAAAGUAAAAGGAGACAGAAGUAAAGAAAGAAGGAAAGUUGGAGCAGAAAGACGGAGACGGACGAACAGAUUAAGCAGGAGAAAGAAGUUCCAUUGUACUGCUGCCCGUGUGUGAUGGGUCGUUGAUGGUGGGAGGUUCCUGCCCCUCACUCACGCCGCCAUUUAUAUGCUAAUCAGCGCUGUAUAAAUCCGGCGGCUCGGGGCUCCGCACCGCUCACACGGCACGUUUCACCCAGAACAAACACAACACCUACAGGAACAUGACGGCCUGGAACCAGACCCCGGACAGACCGGCCAGCUCCAGAGAGGACAGGAAGCUGAGGAAACCUCUGAUAGAGAGGAAGAGACGAGAGAGGAUCAACGUCUGUCUGGAGCAGCUCCGAGAGACCGUGGUCGGGGUCUUCAACCUGGACCAGUCCAAGUUGGAGAAGGCUGAUAUUCUGGAGAUGACGGUCAAACAUCUGCAGAACAUCCAGAGCAGUAAAGCCAACGAAGCGGUUCUGGACGCGGAGUCGCAGCAGCGCUUCAGCACCGGCUACAUCCAGUGCAUGCACGAGGUCCACAACCUGCUGCUGUCCUGCGACUGGAUGGAUAAAACGCUGGGCGCUCGGCUCCUCAACCACCUGCUCGGGUCGCUUCCCAGAUCUGCUCCGGGGCCCCCGGAGUCCCCUCCGCCCGAAGCGCUCGUCAGUAGCUGCACCGGAGACCCGGAGAGGUUCCUCGCUCCCGGGUCCUGCCCUUCCUCGCCCGCCAGGGUGGCCCAGCCCACUCGGUCGAACAGCCCCGCCCUUCCGAGUGGGCCGCCGACCACCGAGAGCCCUCGGCUGACGGCUCUGGAGAUGUGGAGGCCGUGGUGAGGGCGCGGUGAGGGCGCGGUGAGCCCCCGGUACGAGAGCGUGUGCGGUAGACCCUCCUCUGCUAUGUAUCUUAUAGAUAUACGUCUCGGUGAGCGUGCGGUCCUGAUUAGCGCUUCCCUCCUGAUCCUCGUUACUUCCUGUCUGAAGUACACUUCCUGUAGCCUGCAUUGUAGAAGGCGGUUAAUCCUCCUGUGUUUAUUUAUUUAUUGAAUGAACACGGUAAUUUAUUUAAUUCAUUAAUUCACAUCCAGAGCUGAUUUAUAAUGAGCUGGAUGACUAAUAUAGUAGAGCCUGUGACCUCUGACCUCUGUUCUGUAUGUAUGUUUAU